UUUAAAAAUGUCAGCGCCCAGUGUCCACCCACUUAUUUAUUAAUUUGGUAAAAAAGACAGUUAUUCACAAAUUAUCAAUGUUUAUAAAAUGUUUUAAUGCAGCUGCAAGACCUGCAAGUUGAAGAAAAAUGCAAUGGUUGAGGCAGAGCCAUGGUUUGACGUUAGCUGUGAUGGCAGGAGUUAUGGCUUCCUUAGGAUCAACGUUUGCUAAGUUGGCUAUGAGUGGAGAUAUCGUACUGUCUUAUUGUCUACUCUUAGUAGGAAAUCACAAGUGUCAACAGAUUAGUGUGUACAUACAAGUGAUGUGUUUCCUAAUGAUAUUUGUAUGUAAUGGAGUGAUGUGGACCUUCUUCACUAGAUCUUUACAGUACUGUUCAUCAUCAGUGGAGGCUACUGUAACUAAUACAGCUUCUAAUUUCUUGUUCACAGCAUUUGUAGGUCUGUUGUUAUUUGAUGAAACUUUGUCAUUACGAUGGUGGUUUGGAUCUGUACUUAUCCUGUUAGGACUGAUCCUGAUAAAUAGAGGAAAUCUAAAGGAUGAACAAAGGAAAGCAGAUAAAAAAACAGAGUAGUCAAAUAAUGUUUCAUGAUUGUUACCAAUAACAAGAAACAGGAGAUUAGUCUGUCGUCUGCAAUAAGAUCACUAGAUAGAUGACCUCAUGAUCAAAAGCUAAUGAUUUGCAGUUCCUGAUGUCCAGAUGACAGGAUUGAAAUGAAAACUUGGGACCCUGAUACAUCGUUAUUAUUAACAUGAUUAUGAUAUUACACAUGCAGAGUAAUAAUUGGUAUUGAAUUAAAUGGCAGAUAAAUUACGGAACUAAUUUCAGUGUAAAUUUAUAAUUAUUAAAUCAAACAGAUUUUAAAACAAUGAUUUGAAUAUUUUAUGAGCAAGUGUCCAUUAGUGAAGUUGUAAGCUUAUUCUGUCAUUGAUGAACUUGUGUUGUGUUAAGGUAUACUGCAUAUUCUUUUAUUGGAACAAAAAGCUAAAAGUUUAAACAGACUUUGCCUUAAUCCUAAAGAAAAAGUGCCAUCACUUGACAUUUAUCUUUAUCAUCCUCAUUUGCAUCUUUUACCAGUUAAGAUAAUGUACAGAAAUUUCUUUAACAAAUAGAAUUUGUGUAGCCAUUCAUA